UUAAGGGCUGCCCCGCUGUGGGUCCGGUGGCGCACACUGGGUAGCAGCAAUCACCCAGACUGGUGCUUUUUCCUGUGCAGUUGCGGGUCAGAGCUGUGCGGUCCCUACUGGAGACCUCUUCCAGAUCAACAUCCGUGUGGUCAUCAGUACCCUGGUUCGCGAUCACCCGACUGGCCCCAAGUCACUGUCUGUGCUGCUGAACCAUCCAGUCACUCUCUUGUCAUUGUGGAGAUCACGAAGUAAUCUCCAUGCUUUUCCUACUGUCCAGUUUCAGGUUCCACACAGUGCCAGCUUCAUUGAGGGACAGAAGCUCGCACAGGAUGACCGUUCGACUGUAUGCACCCUGUGUGUGCCUGCACAUUUGCGCUGCUGUGCAGGUUGUCAGGUCAGGCCCACCGCAAAGAGUACCAGGAUGUAGCGUAGGAGACUACGCGUGUGCAUUGGGCAGAGGUGAUAAAGUGUUGUUUUCCCCUUUGUAUAGACCUUUAAGUAAGAGAAAAACCCCCAGACGUUGUGUUGCAGCCUUUGUCCCUUUUGUAUCACCCUGCUCUCUCUGUGAGACAGCAGUCUAAUCAGUCAGAAGUUAGGACCCAGGGGUGCAUCUGAGACCUGCAGCACCUGACAGCCAGCUGGAGUUGCUCCAGUGCCCGCCAGAGGCCAAGCAAGAGCUGAGGCUGGGGUGAACUCGCCUCUCCCUGCCCCUGGUGAGACUCAUUCGGGCUUCAAACCUCUGUGUUUUCUGUUGCUUAAAAAGAAAGAAAGUAUCUUUCUACGGGAGACAUCAUGAUGCAGACUGAGUUUCUGCUGGUGCCUUUUCUCCUCAGCAUCAUUGCCUCAGCCACUGCACGAUUCAGCUCAAUAGCCGAAAAUGAAGAUGCCCUCCUCAGACAUUUGUUCCAUGGGUAUCAGAAAUGGGUUCGCCCUGUUUUAAAUUCUAAUGACACCAUAAAAGUAUAUUUUGGAUUGAAAAUAUCUCAGCUUGUGGAUGUGGAUGAAAAAAAUCAACUGAUGACAACAAAUGUGUGGCUUAAACAGGAAUGGACAGACCACAAGCUACGCUGGAAUCCUGAUGAGUAUGGUGGAAUCAGUUCCAUUAAAGUCCCAUCCGAAUCUCUCUGGCUUCCUGACAUUGUUCUCUUUGAGAAUGCCGACGGACGCUUCGAAGGCUCCCUCAUGACCAAGGUCAUAGUGAAAGCCAACGGAAUGGUCACUUGGACUCCUCCUGCCAGCUACAAAAGCUCAUGCACCAUGGAUGUCACAUUUUUCCCAUUCGACAGGCAGAACUGCUCGAUGAAGUUUGGAUCCUGGACUUACGAUGGUACCAUGGUUGACCUCAUUUUGAUAAAUGAAAAUGUUGACAGAAAAGACUUCUUUGAUAAUGGAGAAUGGGAAAUACUAAAUGCAAAAGGAAUGAAGGGUAACAGAAGAGAAGGUUUAUAUUCAUAUCCGUUUAUUACUUAUUCUUUCGUCCUGAGACGGCUGCCUUUGUUUUAUACUCUGUUUCUGAUAAUUCCCUGCCUGGGGCUGUCUUUUCUAACAGUUCUUGUGUUUUAUUUACCUUCUGAUGAAGGAGAAAAACUCUCAUUAUCAACAUCUGUCUUAGUUUCUCUGACAGUUUUUCUUUUAGUGAUUGAAGAAAUAAUCCCAUCUUCUUCCAAAGUCAUUCCUCUCAUUGGAGAGUACCUGCUGUUCAUUAUGAUUUUUGUUACCCUGUCAAUUAUUGUUACUGUCUUUGUAAUUAAUGUCCAUCACCGAUCUUCUUCCACGUACCAUCCCAUGGCGCCCUGGGUGAAGAGGCUGUUUCUGCAAAAACUUCCUCAGCUGCUUUGUAUGAAAGACCAUGUGGAUCGUUACUCUUUCCCAGACAAAGACGAGAUUAAGCCAACAGUGAAAGGCAAAGCUAUGGAUAAAAAGAAACAGAAGGAAACUAGCAAUGGAGAAAAGGUUCUGGUUGCUUUCUUGGAAAAGGCUGCCGAGUCCAUUAGAUACAUCUCGAGGCACGUGCGGAAGGAGCAUUUCAUCAGCCAGGUGGUGCAAGACUGGAAAUUUGUGGCCCUGGUCCUUGACCGAAUCUUCCUGUGGCUCUUCCUGGUGGCCUCGGUCACCGGCUCCGUGCUGAUCUUCACCCCCGCCCUGAAACUGUGGUUGCAGAGUUACCCUUAGUCCAGCGCCCCUGGCCCCGCACGGAGCCCCACACCUCAGAGGCCCAGGAGGGGCUGCCGCAGCCUGGGCCACCGCAGGCGCCCCAUUAACACCCACGCAUCCUCCCCUGGGAGCGUGGAUCCCCGCGGGGGGCGUGGCAGCGCCGCGCCUGCGCAGUCCUCGCUGAACCCCGUUUUCUCCUCGCCCCCAGCACUGCAGGGCUAUGCUGCCCAGGCCGCUAAAUCUUUCCUAAAUUUCAGCUUAAAGCAGUUCUGUCGGUGCUCAGUUACAAACCCAGAUCUGUUUCCGUAGUGUUCUGUUUUUGGCGUUGCAGUUACAGGCCGAACUUUUAAAAACCUAAGUCAAGCUUGAACCCAUUUUACCGUUGAUGUGCCUGCUCUCACCCAAGUCUUUGGCUUUGUUUUCUGUGUAUGAUUUUCUUGUUCUUUUGGGGUUUUCCCUUCCUUUUCAGCCUUGAUUGAGUUGUUUCCUUUCUUACCCUUAACACUUUGAAGGUUAUGCUCCUAUUAACUUAUUAAUAAAUGUACUAAAAUCUUUUGUGAAGGAUGCUGUACAGAAGGAUAAGUGCCUACCACUCUUUACACACUUCUUUCCUCUCUUUGUGUCUUCUGUGUCUUAACUAAAGCAUCAGAAUUUUAAUUUCAGUUAUAUAUUUUUAUUUUGUGUCUCCUUUUAAAAAAAUUAUUUAAAAAAGACUAAACAAAACAGAAAACAGUACAUACUUUCAGUAUGUACUGAACAGUACAGAAAUAGUACAUACUUUCAAAGAAAAAAAUAAACUAAGAAAUCACUAGUUGAUGAUUACAUAUUGUCCUCUUACAAAUAGUUGUUCAAGAUACAAAAGGGAAACAUACAAACAAUGAGACUGCAAACAGUUCUGCUUAACUAUCCAACAAAAACUUAGUAAUAUGGUUGUCAAUCCUAUACACUAAAACAUACAUGCAGUUAUUCAUAUCUUCAUUUAUGUUGAGAUUAAACAAACUAUAGCAGGCUAAAAUCACUCUGAACAAAGAAUAAUAGCAUUGCUGGAUUUCACAUCAUGACACUACGGGAUCAGCACUGGAUACUGUAGUGUCUCUCUUUCUUCAAAGUAUUUUUUCAUUUCAUCAUGCAUUAUGAGUUCUCAUAAACUGUUUAUAGGUUCUAUGCAUGCCUGAGUCUUAACAUGUAUUUCUAUCCUUCCUAUAUUAGAAGGAGAAACAAAGCAAAGCAAGACAAAACAAAACAUAAUCCUAUAAACACGUGAAACAAAAAAAAAACCCAUAUAAAACCACUGUACAAGGAGUUCUACCACGGUUACUGUGUUGUCUUCAAUAGAAUUGUCUAUAUCAUCAGACAUAGUAUUGUUGAAUAUAGCAGUAUAUAGCAAUAUUAAUAAAAACAAACUUUGUAGAUAGUGUAAAACUUCAAAAACAGGUAAUAAUCAAACCAGAAUGGGUAUCGGAAUGAAUCUUGUCAUCUUCAGUGUAGUUGCCUAAACUCUCAGACUUGAUACUAUCACUCAUAACAGUUUUGAAUAAAAUCUGUCGUUAUCAAACAGCAAUCAAACAAACCAUAUUUAACUAAGAUCAGUCAUGAUAAAACAGUAUAAGUUACACAGGGCUCCAGAUUAAGUUAAUAGGAAUUAAAGAUGAUUACUGUGCUAUAUUCUGAUAUUUUUGGGAUAGUUGUGUCCUCAGAUCUAGUGCUUGUAGACAAACUGGGACAGAAUAAGUUCUACCUAAGCAGAACAGAGCGAAUAAUAUGGGCUUAAUUCCUGAUAUACUAUUAACAACAUCUUCUGCCAUCUUUUUAAACUCUAUUCUUUCCUUUUCACUCCCCCAGGGUGCACUGUGCAUUUUUGGAUCUCACCAAUAUCCUCAGUUUUUAGAUUGAAGGGACAGCCUGCUAUUUACCUAAGUGGUUCCGAACCUUCUCCCUCCUGGACUUGAUCUCUAAUUGUAUUCUUUUACCUAUUAAAGCCUGUCUUUCCAACUAUCUACAAAUAGUGGUCCAGUUGCCCCUUUUACCCUCUAGUUCCCUGUCGUAUAGAGCAUUGCUUCCUCAUAUUUGGUUUUCAAUCCAUAAACACUUUUUCAGGUUAAUUAUAUUUCCUAUAAAGAGCAUCUCGGUGGACCCUACCUCCUGAUCUACUCUGCCUGGGUUUCUCUCUCUUUUUUUCUUUCUUUCUUUCUUUUUUUUUUUUUUUUUGGUGUAUCAAGGCCAUCUAUAUAAGAGACUAUAGCUAAUAUUCUCUGCCUCAUUUUUGUUGUGCUCUUUUUCUGCCAUUAGUUGUCUGCUUUUCUUCUUCAUUCCACUUUCUGCUCCAUUCAUUGAGGCCUCUCUGCCACUGUUCCUGGAAUCCUAGUACUUUUCUCUUUCUCUAGAAUGUUCUUCAAUAUUCUCUGUAGAGUUGGAUUGGUGGUCGCGAAUUCCCAUAGUUCCUCUUUGUCUUGGAAGCAUCUUGUUUCUCCAUUAAUUUCUAGAGACAGUUUGCAAGGUACAUCAAUCUGGGCUAUAGGUUAUUUUCUUUCAGGGCUUGGAAUAUUUCACUCCAGGCUCUUCUUGACUUGAUGGUUUGUGUCGAGAAGUCUGCCAUGAUUUUGAUGUGUUUUCCUUUAUAAGUGAUGUGUUUCAUUUCUCUGAUGGCUUUUAAUAUUCUGUUCUUAUAUUGAAUUUCUGGGAUUUCGAUUAUUAUAUGCUUGGGUGUAGCUCUGUUUUGGUUGUAGGUGGCUGGAGUUCUGUAUACCUCAUACAUCUGACUAUAAUUUCCUUUUUCUAUGUUUGGGAAAUUUUCCUUAAUUAUUUCUGUGAAUAGCCUUUGUAGUUCCUUUGUUUGUACCCCUCUUCUGCAUUCACAUUUUUUAUUCUCUAGUUUUGGUUCUCUUGUCAUCUUCUAGCCUUUGUAUUGUUACUGCCUGUUUCUUGUUAUUUUUAAGAAAAUUUUCCUUUCAUGAUCACAGAUUGCAAACCUGUCUUCCAGUUUGGAUAAUCUAUCCUUAGUUUCUUUCAAGGAAUUUUGACAGCUUUCAAUGGAGUUUUUAAUUUCCUGGUAAUCUCUUUGAACCUACUGCAUGUAUUCUAUGUUUUCUUUAUAUUCUUCAUCAAAUGUGUCUCUCCUUUUUUUGUGCUCCUCCAUUCUUCCAUCUGUGUCUUCUUGAGAGGUGCUUAGCAUUUCUUUUAUUAAUCUACUUAUAUCUUGCUUUACUUGGUUAAAUAUUUCACUUUUGAACUCAUCUAUGAAGUCCCAAAGAUAUCUAUGUCCACUGGUGCUGUGUCUGAUAUUGCAUGUUUGUUCUCCCCAAUCUCCUUUUUAUUUACUUCUCCUGGAUCAAUGUUAUCAGGUUGGGGGCUGGGGAAUUUUUCUUGUUGUUUCCUUUGUUCAUGUUUUUGGUUUCUUUCAUACAGAUGUAUUAGAGGAGAUCCCAGUCCCUUUCCUUGUUGGUUAUGGUUCUUCUGAAGCAUGCUGGCUAGGUAACCCUGCCCACUCCAGUGUAUUAUUGAGUGCAAACAGUGGGGGCCUAUGCUAGCUCCUCCCCUCCUGGUCAGCCAACCUGCAGAGGCCUUCAAUGCAUUAGUGUGCACUGUGAGUAGGAAAUUGGUUUGAGAGAAGUUAUUGGGUCUCAGCCAGGGGUAUGACCGUGGCAAAGCAUGCCUGACUAAUCUCAUCUGGGAAGGGAACAACUGACUGAAGUUGCUGCUGUUCCCUUGCUCUUGCCAGUCCUGCCUGAUUCCAAAAUGUCAUCCCGUUGGUGCCCCUUUCCCAUGGAAGAGUUUUAUUCCCAGCACUCACCAUGAUCAUUCUUUAUAGCUGAGUAGUACUCCAUCGUAUAAAAAUACCACAACUUUUUUAUCCAUUCCUCAGUUGAUGGACACUUAGGUUGCUUCCAAGAUCUGGCUAUUACAAAUUGUGCUGCUAUAAACAUGGGUGCACAUAUAUCGCUGUGGUAUUAUGUUUUCAGUUCUUCUGGGGAUAUGCCUAGAAGUGGAAUACCUGGAACAAAUGGGACUUCCAAUCCCACCUUUUUGAGAAAUCCCCAGACUGACUUCCACAUGGUUGCACCAGUGUACACUCCCACUAAUAGUGCAGGAGACAUCCUUUUUCCACACAGCCUCUCCAGCAUUUGUUGUUGGUGGUUUUGCUGAUUCUGACUAUUCUUUCAGGAGUGAGAUUGAAUCUCAGGGUGGCUUUAAUUUGCAUUUCUUUAAUGAAUAAUGAUGAUGAACAUUUUUUCAUGUAGGGCCCUAUUUAUUUGCCAUUUGUAUUUCUUCAUUAGAGAAUUGUGCAUUCAUCUCAGAUGCCCAUUUUUGGAUUGGAGCUUUGAACUUUGGAGGUCUGAUUUUUUAAAAUGCUUUAUAUGUUUUAGAAGAAGUCCUUUGUCUGAGGGACAGUUCACUAAGAUUUUCUUCCCAGUUUGUGGGUUUUCUUUUCACUAUGCUAGAGAUUUCUUUUGACAUGCAGAAACUUUUUAAUAAGACAUGAUCCCAAUUACUGAUUCUGGGAAGUAUUUCCUGUGAGGUUUGAUUCCUGUUUAUGAAUUCGCUACCUGCCCCUAUGUCUUCAAGAUUUUUACCCAAUUUGUUUUCCAAUAGAUUUAGUGUUUCUGUUUUAAUAUUCAGAUUUUUGAUCCAUUUAGAUUUUAGUUUACUACAUGGUGAUAGGCAUGGAUCUAGUCUUAAUUUUCAGCAUAUGGAGAGCCAGUUUUUCCAAUAUCAUUUACUAAAGAGACUGUCAUUCUUCCAGUGAACAUGUUUGGCCCUGUUAUCAAAGAUAAGGUGGUAGAGUGUGUUUGUAGUUGUAUCUUCUAAUCUAUUCCAUUGAUCUUUGACUCUGUUUCUAUUCCAGUACCAUGUUGAUUUACUACAGUUGCUUAGUAGUAUAACUUCAAGUCAGGAAUUGUGAUGCUUCCUGCCUUGCCUUAGCUGCUUAGAACUGUCAUUGCUAUUCUAGGUCUCUUCUGUUUCCAGAUGAAUUUUAGGAGUGAUUUCUCUAUAUCUAUGAGGUAUGUUGAUGGUAUUUUCAAUGGGAUUGCAUUGAAUCUGUACAACAGUUUUAGGAGAAUGGACAUUUUCACAAUAUUUAUUCUUCCUAUCCAUGAGCAAGGGAUGUCUUUACAUUUUCUGAGGUCCUCUUCAGUUCCUUUCUUCAGUGUAUUAUAAUUUUCCCUGUAUAGAUAUUUCACUUCUUUCGUGAGAAUUCCUAAAUAUUAUGUUUUUUUUUCAUUGCUAGUGUGAAGAGUGUGGCUUCUCUUAUUUCUCUCUCUGUGAUUUUGUUGUUAGUGUGUAGGAAUGCUAUUGAUUUCUGAGUACUGAUUUUGUAUCCAGCUACAUUGCUGGAUUUAUUUAUUAUAUCUAGAAAUCUUUCAAUGGAGUUUUGGGGAUCUUCUAUGUAGAGUAUCAUGUCGUCUGCAAAUAAUGAUAAUUUAACUUCCUCUUUUCCUAUUUUUACCCCUUCUAUUUCUCUCUCUUGUCUAAUUGCUCUGACUAGUAUUUCCAGUGCUACAUUAAAUAGGAGUGAUGAUAAAGGAUCCUUGUCUUGUGCCUGACUUUGAGGUAAAGGCCUUCAGUUUUUGGCCAUUUAGUAUGAUACUGGCUGUUGAUUUGUCAUAGAUGGCAUUUAUCAUAUUAAGGUAAAGACCAUCUAUUCCAAUUUUCUGUAAGUUCUUACCAUGCAUGAAUGUUGGAGCUUAUCAAAAGCUUUUUCCUGCAUCUAUAGAAAUGAUCAUGUGAUUCUUUCUUUUGGUUUUAUUGAUAUGGUGGAUUACAUUUAUUGACUUAUGUAUGUUGAACCAUCCCUGCAUGCCUGGGAUGAAUCCCACUUGGUCAUGGUGUACAAUCUUCCUGAUGAUUUGCUGCAUCUUAUUUGCCAAUAUUUUAUUGAGAAUUUUUGCUUUUGUGUUCAUUAGCGAGAUUAGUCUGUAGUUGGUUUUUUAGUUGACUCUGGUUUUGGUACUAGAGUAAUAUUUGCUUCCAGGAAUGACUUAGGAAGGAUUGCUUCCCUUUCAAUUUCAUUGAAUAGUUUGAGAAGUGUAGGCAUUAAGUCUUCUUUGUAUUUCUUGUAGAAUUCUGCAGUGAAUCCAUCUGGGACUGGGCUCUUCUUUGUAGGUAAGGACUUAGUUACAUUUUCAAUUAAAUUGAUAGAAAUUGGGCUAUUCAGCAGUUUUACAUCUUCUUGACCUAGCUUUGGUACUUCAUAUGUUUCUAGGAAUCUGUCAAUCUCUUCGUAUUCUCAAAUGUAUGAGAGUAGAGGUUUUUGAAAUAGGUAUUGAUAAUCUUCUGUAUUGCUACAGAGUCUGUAGUGAUUUCGCCUUUUUCACUCCAUAUUGCAUGAAUUUGAGCUUUUUCUUCCCUUUUUCAAAUAAGGUUGGCUAGUGGCUUAUCAAUUUUAUUUAUUCUUUCAAAGAACCAACUCUUUGAUUCAUUGAUUUUUUGGGUUGUUUUCUUAAUCUCUAUUGAAUUAAUUUCUGUUCUGAUUUUUAUAAUUUCCUCCCUUCUUUUGGCUUUGGGAUUGACUUGCUCUUCUUUUUCUAGAUGUUUGAGGUGCAGCAUCAGGUUAUUUAUUUGUAUUCAUUCUGUUUUCCUGAUGUGGGAACUCGGUGCAAUAAAUUUUCCUCUGAGGAGAAAUUUCAUAGCAUCCCAGAGAUUCCGACAAGUUGUAUUUGUAUUUUUGUUUCUUUGUAGGUAUUCUUUAAUUUCUUCUUUAAUUUCCCUUGUGACCUACUGAUUGCUCAUUAGUGUGUUAUCCAAUUUCCAUGUGUUUGUGGGAUUUUUGCAGUUUCUUUUAUCAUAAAUUUCUAGUUUCAUGGCACUAUGAUCCGAUAACAUGCAUGGUAUAAUUUCAACUCUUUUGCAUUUAUUUGAAUAUGUUCUGUGGGCUAGUAGAUGGUCUAUUUUAUAGAAUGUUCCAUGUCCUACUGGGAAGAAUGUGUAUUCUGAUGUUGUUGAAUGGAACACUUGUAUACAUCUAUCAAGUCCUUUUUUUCACAUGUGUGAUUCAGUUCUGUUGUUUCUUUGUUGAUUUUCUGUCUGGUUGAUCUGUCCCUUGGUGUCUACGAUGUGUUAAGUGCUCCUGUUAUAAUUGUGUUAUUGUUAAUUUGAUUUUUCAUUUCUAUUAAUACUUGCUUUGUAUAACUGGGUGCUCUGGAAUAUGGUACCUAUAUAUUUAAGAUUGUUAUCAUUCUUCUUGGAGUUUUCCCCUAAUCCAUAUGUAAUGACUUUCUUCAUCUCUUCUGAUCAUUCUUGGUUUGAAGUUCUGCAAACAGAAUAGCUACCUCCACUCUUUUUUGUGUUCCUGUUGCAUGAAAUAUUGCUUUCCAUCCUUGACCUUCAGUCUGUGAGUAUCCUUUUCAGUUAGAUGGGUUUCCUGUAGAUAGCAUAUGAUUGGAUGUUGUUUCUUGAUCCAUUCUGCCAGUCUGUUUCUUUUAAUUAGUGAAUUGAGACCAUUUACAUUAAUGGUUAUCUGUUAUAUGUUGGUUUAUUGUUGACAUGUUAUCUUUCUGCUGUUGCAUCUGUAUCUUUCCAUUCUGUUUAAUUGUCUGCUUUGCUUAGUGUUUUUUUCCUAAAUGUAUCUAAACUGACUUUCAGUAUUCUUUGGAAGAUUGGCUUGGUGAUCAUGAAGUUCUUCAGCUGUUCUUUGUGAUGGAAGUACCUUAUUUCUCCACUCAUUUUUAAGAACAGUGUUUCAGGGUACAUCAGUCUAGGCUGGAAAUCAUUUUCCUUUAGGAUCUGAAAUACUUCUCGCCAUGCUCUUCUUGACUUUAUUGUUUGUGCUGAGAAGUCGGCUGUGAUUCUGAUAGGUUUUCCUUUAUAGGUGUCUUUUCUCUCUCACAGCUUCUAUUUUAUUUUUUUAAAAUUUUAUUUAAAAGAAAAAAGAGAAAAAACAGAAGAAAACAAAUCAGUGAAAGGGUACAAGUAAUACAGAACUACAAAAACAAACAAACAAACAAACAAACAAAAACAAAAACAAAAAAAAAACAACAGUAAGAAAUCACCAGUUAAUAGACUAUACAUUAUCAUCUUAGAGAUAGUGGUUCAAGUCACAGGAUCAAAGCAUACAAAGUGGACAUUCAAACAGUGAGACUGCAAACAGUUGUGUUCAGUGAUCCAAUCAAAAACAUUAAUAUGGUCAUCUAUUUAACACACCUAAACACACUUGCUGUUGUAUCCUUUAGAAUACUUUUUUUCCUCUCUUUAUUACAACAAAAUUUACACAUGUUGGGUUUUAUUACUCCCAUAGUUCUUAUUACUUUUUUUGGAAGAGAAUAAAAUCAAAUAUGACAAAACAAAGCUAUCAGUCAAAACCAAGGAUAGACAUAGCACAUGAUGUAAAAACAGUACAAGGUUAUCAAUAAUGGUUACCAUAAUGCCUCUUGCUUCCUUAAGAAGUAUUGUCUAUCUCAUUAGGCAUUAUAAAGUUGAACAAAACAGUAGAGAACAAGACCAAUAAAACCUAAACAUUGUAAACAUUACAGGACUUCAAAAGAGGAUAAUAGUCAAACCAGAAUGGGCAUCAUAGUGAAUCUUAUUGCCUUCAAAGUAGUUGCCUAUACCCUCAAACUUGAUACUAUCAUACAGGACAGAACAGAGUCUAAUCAAUCAAAACAAGAGAGUGGGAGUAUUACAGGACUUCAAAUCAAGUUAAUAGGAAAUCAAAAAGAAACUAUAGUAUAUCCUGCUAAUUUUUUUGAUUUUUUCCCCUUAGUUAAAAAAGUAAUAAAAAAUAAUUAAAUACUUUUUUAAUGAAUAAGGGAGAGAUUGAGAUAAAAGAGGACAUAACAACAUAACAAUACAGGUCAAAGCAUGACAAUUUCAGUAACCUAGUGCUUCACCACCAAAUAACCCCACUUAAUAGUAGUUACCAUAGGGUCUUUUUCCUCAAAAUAUUUGAAUAUAACUUCGUAUACUAUAGCAUCAAACAUAUCAAGACAGUGUAAAACCAUUCAAGUGGAUGAAAGUAUUGAAGGGUAUUUAGAACCAGCUAACAGAAAACAAACAAUGGUUUCUAUGUUAUCUCUUUGCCUAUAACAAUUUUUGUUUAUACUAUCGCAUUUAAUAAAAUCCAGCUAGAUACAACAUGAUAAAACCAAUGGAGACAGAAGAGCCAUAGUUUGGUGGGGGCUUCAAAACAAGAUGGUAUUAAAUCAGCACUAGCUAUUAUGAUGUCUUGUUUUCUUCAGAAUAGCUGUUCAUUGCAUCACAGGCCAUAAUAUCAAACAGCCCAGAAUAAAGUCAUUCCAAUUAAUAAGUGAAAACUUUAUAAGUCUUCAAUGUCACAUAAUUGGGAAUCAUGAUUACCACAUACUUUUAUAUAUUUGAAUAAUUUCCUACACUAGGGAAACUAUUCGGUAUUCACACAUGCGAGUUUGAUUUAUUUCACUUAUGAGUAUGGUUUCAAGCUGAGCCCAUUUACUGAUAAAUAUCUCAAUGUGAUCAUUCUUUAUAGCUGAGUAGUGCUCCAUUGUAUAGAAAUACCAUAACUUUUUCCUCUGUUGACGGACACUUGGGUUGUUUCCAAGAUCUGGCGAUUACAAUUGUGCUGCUAUAAACAUAGGUGAACAUAUAUCACUGUGGUAUGAUGCUUUCAGUUCUUCUGAGAAUAUGCCUAGAAGUGGAAUAGCUGGAACAAAUGGGACUUCCAAUCCCAGCUUUUUAAGAAAUCUCUAGACUGACCUCCACAAAGGUUGUACCAGUCUACACUCCCACCAACAGUGUAGGAGAGUUCCUUCUUCCCCACAGCCUCUCCAGCAUUUGUUGUUGGUUUUCUUGCUCCUGGCCAUUCUUUCAGGAGUGAGAUGAAAUCUCAGUGUGGUUUUAAUUUGCAUUUCCCUAAUGACCAAUGAUGUACAUUUUUUUGUGUACUUAUUUGCCAUUUGUAUUUCUUCAUCUGAGAAGUGUGUAUUCAUCUCAGAUGCCCAUUUUUGGAUUGGAUCUUUGAAUUUUGGGGGUCUGAAUUUUUUUUAAUUCUUUAUAUGUUCUAGACAAAAGUCCCUUGUCUGAGGGGAAGUUCACUAAGAUCUUUUCUCAGUUUGGGGGUUUUCUUUUCACUAUGCUGGAGAUUUUUUUUGACAUGCAGAAAUUAUUUAAUAAGAAGUGGUCCCAGUCAUUGAUUCUGGGAAGUAUUUCCUGUGCAGUUUGAGUCCUGUUCAUGAAUUUUCUACCUACCCCUAUGUCUUCAAGGUUUCUACCUAAUUUGUCUUCCAAUAGAUUUAGUGUUUCUGUUUUAGUAUUCAGAUCUUUGAUCCAUUUAGAUUUUAAUUUAGUACACGGUGAUAGGCAUGGGUCUAGUUUUAGUUUUUGGCAUAUGGAGAGCCAGUUUUUCCAACACCAUUUAUUAAAGAGACUGUCAUUCUUCCAGUGAACCUGCUUGGCUCCUUUAUCAAAGAUAAGGUGGUUGAGUGUGUUUGUAGUUGUGGUUGUAUUUCUAAUCUAUUCCAUUGACUUUUGGCUCUGUUUUGAUUCCAGUACCAUGUUGAUUUUACUCCUGUUGCUUUGUAGUAUAACUGCAAGUCAGGGAUUGUGAUACCUCCUGCCUUGCCUUUGCUGCUUAGAAUUGCCUUUGCUAUUCUAGGUCUCUUCUGGUUCUAGAUGAAUUUUAGGAGCGAUUUCUCUAGAUUUAUAAGGUAUGCUGAUGGUAUUUUUGUUGGGAUUGCAUUGAAUCUGUAUAACAAUUUUGGGACAAUGGCCAUUUUCACAAUGUUUGUUCUUCCUAUCCAUGAACAAGGGGUGUCUUUUCAUUUUCUGAGAUCAUCUUCAAUUUCUUUUUUCAGUGUAUUAUAAUUUUCCCUGUAUAGGUCUUUCACUUCUUUUGUAAGAGUAAUUCCUACAUAUUUCAUUUUUUUGCUUGCUAGUGGGAAGAGUGUAGUUUCUCUUAUUUUUCUUUCUGUGUUUUUGUUGUUAGUGUAUAGGAAUGCUAUUGAUUUCUGAGUACUGAUUUUGUAUCCAGCUACAUUAACUGAAUUUAUUUAUUAUAUCUAAGAGUCUUUCAAAGGAGUUUAGGGGGUCUUAUAUGUAGCGUAUCAUGUCAUCUGCAAACAAUGAUAAUUUAACUUCUUCUUUUCCUAUCUUUACCCCUUUUAUUUCUCUCUCUUGUUUAAUUGCUCUGGGUAGUGCUUCAGUACUAUAUUAAAUAGGAGUGGUGAUAAAGGACAUCCUUGUCUUGUGCCUGAUUUUAAAGUAAAGGCUUUCAAUUUUUGGCCAUUUAGUAUGAUAUUGGCUGUUGGUUUGUCAUAGAUGGCCUUUAUUGUAUUGAGGUAAAGACCAUCUAUUCCAAUUUUUUGUAAGGUUCUUAUCAUUAAUGAAUAUUGGAGCUUAUCAAAAGCUUUUUAUGCAUCUAUGGAAAUGAUCAUGUGAUUCUUACUUUUGGCUUCAUUGAUAUUGUGGAUUACGUUUAUUGAUUUACGUAAGAUGAAACAUCCUUGCAUGCCUGGGAUGAAUCCCACUUGGUCAUGGUGUAUAAUCUUCUUGAUGAUUUGAUGCAUCCUAUUUGCCAAUAUUUUAUUGAGGAUUUUUGCAUCCGUGUUCAUUAGGGAGAUUGGGCCAUAUAGUUCUCUUUAAGUUGGGUCUUUCUCAGGUUUUGGUACUAUAGUAAUAUUUGCUUCCAGGAAUGACUUAGGAAUGAUUACUUCUCUUUCAAUUUCAUUGAAUAGUUUGAGGAGUGUCAGCAUUAGGUCUUCUUUGUAUUUUUUGUAGAAUUCUGUAGUGAAUCCAUCUGGGACUGGGCUCUUCUUUGUAGGUAAGGACUUAAUUACAUUUUCAAUUUCAUUGAUAGAGAUUAGGUUAUUCAGCAGUUUUACAUCCUCUUGAUCUAGCUUUGGUACUUCAUAUGUUUCUAAGAAUCUGUCUAUUCUGUGUUAUCAAACCUUUGAGAGUAGAGGUUUUCGAAAUAGGUGUUGAUGAUCUUCUGUAUUUCUAUAGAGUCUGUAGUGAUUUCACCUUUUUCAUUUCUUAUUGCAUGAAUUUGAGCUUUUCUUCCCUUUUAAAAAUAAAGUUAGCUAGGGGCUUGUCGAUUUUAUUUAUUCUUUCAAAGAACCAACUCUUUGAUUCCUUGAUUCUUUGGAUUGUUUACUUAGUCUCUGUUGCAUUGAUUUCUGCUCUAAUUUUUUAAAUUUCCUCCCUUCUUUUGUCUUUGGGCUUGACUUGUUCUUCUUUUUCUCACUGUUUGAGGUGUAGCAUCAAGUUAUUUAUGUGUAUUUGUUCUGUUUUCGUGAUGUGGAAACUCAGUGCAAUAAAUUUUCCUCUGAGGAUGGCUUUCAUUGCAUCCCACAGAUUCUGGUAAGUUGUAUCUGUAUUUUCAUUUUCUUGUAGGUAUUGUUUAAUUUCUUCUUUAAUGUCCUCUGUGAGUCACUGAUUACUCAAGAAUGUGUUAUUCAGUUUCCAUGUGUUUGUGGGAAUGUUGCAGUAUCUUUUAUCAUUAAUUUCUAAUUUCAUAGUGUUAUGAUCUGAUAGCAUGGAGGGGAUAAUUUCAACUCUUUUGCAUUUAUUUAAAUAUGUUAAUAUAUGGUCUAUUUUAUAGAAUGUCCCAUGUACUGCUGAGAAGAAUGUGUAUUCUGUUGUUGUUGGGUGGAAUACUCUGUAUAUAUCUAUUACGUCCAUUUGUUCACAGGUGUGAUUCAGUUCUUUUAUUUCUUUCCUGAUUUUCUGUGUGAUUGAUCUGUCCAUUGGUGUCAAUGGUGUGUUAAGAUCUCCUGUUAGAAUUGUUACUGCUGGGGCUGGGGAUUUAGCUCAGCGGCAUAAGCACCUGCCUUGCAAGCAGGCAGUCGUGAGUUCGAUCCUUGGUACUGAUAAAAAUGAAAAAGACAAAAAAAAGAAUUGUUACUGCUAAUUUGGUUUUUUUAUUUUUGUUAGUACUUGUUUUAUAUAACUGGGUGCUCUGGAGUUUGUAUAUAUAUAAAUAUAUAUACAUAUAUAAACAUGUAUGAUAUAUAUAUAUAUUUAAGAUGGUUAGCUCUUCCUCUUGGAGUUUUCCCCUAACCAGCAUGUAGUGAUCAAUAAUGACCUCUUCUGAUCAUUAUUGGCUUGAAGUUCACUUUGUCUGCAAACAGAAUAGCUACCCUCUUUUUUGCGGGGGGUUCCUGUUGCAUGAAGUAUUGUUUUGCAUCCUUUGACUUUCAGUCUUUGAGUAUCCUUUUGGGUUAGAUGGGUUUCUUGUAGACAGCAUAUGGUUCGAUUUUGUUUCUUGAUCCAUUCUGCCAGUCUGUUUCUUUUAAUUGGUGUAUUGAGGCCAUUUACAUUAAUGGUUAUAACUGUUAUAUAUUGGUUUAUUGUUGACAUGUUAUCUUUCUGCUGUUGCAUUUUUAUCUUUCUGUUCUGUUUAAUUGUCUGUUUUGUUUAGUGGUUUUUUCCUAAAUGUAUCUAGGCUGUCUUUCAGUAUUCUUUGCAGGAUUAGCUUGGUGAUCAUGAAGUUUUUCAGCUGAUCCUUGUCAUGGAAGUAUCUUAUUUCUCCAUUGAUUUUGAAGGGCAGUGUUUCAGGGUCCAUCAGCCUAGGUUGGAAAUCAUUUUCCUUUAGGAUCUGAAAUACUUCACUCCAUGCUCUUCUUGACUUUAUUGUUUGUGCUGAGAAGUCUGCUGUGAUUCUGAUAGGUUUUCCUUUAGAGGGGAUCUGCCUUUUCUCUCUUACAGCUUUUAAUAUUCUAUUCUUUCGUUGGAUUUCUGGGAUGGUCAUUAUUAUAUGUCUGGGUGUAGAUUUAUGUUGGUUAUGGCUAUUUGGAGUUCUAUAUGCUUCCUUGAUCUUGAUAUCUGUUUCCAAUCUCAUGUUUGGGACAUUUUCAGCUAUUACUUCUCUAAAUAUCCUCUUGACAUCCUUUAUGUUGUCCCCUUCUUUAUUUACCCCUAUCAACCUUAUGUUGUUCCUCUUUGCUUCAUCUUGCAUGUGUUGAAUUGUUAUUUCCUGAUUUCUUGUUAUUUUUAAAAGGUCUUUCCUUUCCUGUUCACUGGCUGCAAUCUUGUCUUUGAGGUCUGAAAUUCUAUCUUCACAUUCAUUGAGGCAGUUUUUACAACUUUCAAUGGAGUUUUUGAUUUCCUGUGUAUCUCUUUACAUCUGCUUUCUGUAUUCUGUUUGUUUCUUAUAUUGUUCAUCCAGGGAUUCUAUCUUUUUGUUUAGUUCCUCCAAUUUUUUAACUGUGUCUUCUUUAGCUAUGUUCAGCAUCUCCUUCAUUUCUUUUAUCAUUUCUUCUUUUACCUGAGAGAUUAUUUCUAAUUCGAAUUUCUUUAAGGCUUCCCAGAGUUGCUUCUUUAUUUCAGUUACUAUUAUUUCAGGUAUUUCAGUUAUGUGGCAUGUGUUUUCUUCUAUGCACAUGGCUCCUAGGCUUUCUUGGAAUGGGCUGGAUGUUUGAGAUUGCAUUUGGUCUUUUGUUUUGUCAUUUUCCUAUAUUUUUGAGCUUCAAGUGUUGUUCCAAUUGUGGGAGAGAGUUCCAUCAGCCUGGGAUGGGGUUCCCUGCGGCGGCCCCAAUCACUAGACUAGGCAGGGAACCAUGGCCUGGUCCCCAGGCCAGGAAGAGAGUUCUGCCAGAGUGGUAUGAGAUUCUGUGCUCCUGCUCCACUCACCAAUUCCAGCAGGGAACCCGGCCUGGUCCCAGGCCAGGAAGAGAGUUCCCCCAGGCUGGGGCGGGAUUCCGCGCUGCUGCUCCACUCCUCUCUCACAGCUUUUAAUAUACUAUUCUUAUGGUGGAUUUCUGGGAUGGUGAUUAUCAUAUGUCUGGGUGUAGUUUUAUUUUGGUUUUGGCUAUUUGGACUUCUAUAUGCUUCACUGAUCCUGAGGUCAGUUUCCAUUCUCAUGUUUGGGAAAUUUUCAGCUAAUACUUCUCUAAAUAUCCUCUUGACAUCCUUUAUGUUGUCCCCUUCUUUUUUCAUUUAUCCUUGUCAAUCUUAUGUUGUUUUUCUUUGCAUCAUCUUGUAGCUGUUGAAUUGUUAUUUCCUGAUUCCUUGUUAUUUUUAAAAGAUCUUUCCUUUCCUGUUCACUAGUUGCAAUCUUGUCUUUGAGGUUUGAAAUUUUAUUUUCACUUUUGUUGAGGUGGUUUUGACAACUUUCAAUGGAAUUUUUGAUUUCUUGUAUAUCUCUUUGAAUAUGCUUCAUGUAUUCUGUUUGUUUCUUAUAUUGUUCAUCCAGGGAUUAUAUCUUUUUUGUUUUGUUCCUCUAAUUUUUUAACUGUGUCUUCUUUAGCUAUGUUCAGCAUCUCUUUUAUUUCUUUUAUCAUUUCUUCUUUUACCUGGGAGAUUAUUUCUCAUUUGAAUUCCUUUAAAGCUUCCCAGAGUUGCUUCUUUAUUUCACUUGCUAUUAUUUCAGGUAUUUCAGGUUUAUGGCACAUAUUUUCUUCUAUGUGCAUAGCUCCUAAGGUUUCUUGGGAUGGGCUGGAGUUUUGAGAUUGCAUUUUGGUCUUUCAUUUUGUCAUUUUCCUAUAUUUCCGUGUUUCAAGUGUUAUUCUCAGGCUUCCCCUUGGCCUGUUGGAAAUCCUCUUCUGUGCCCUCAGCUCUUGGAACUCUGGCUGCCCAGUUCCCUUCAUUGAGAGAGGCUCACUAGGUUUGGGGCAGGCAGGCCCAGGAUCUGCUGAGCCAGUUUAGUAUUGCAGGAAGCUGUGAACUUUCUUGGCCAGUGGGAGCAAGGAUCUUAAUCUCCUAGGGCUCGGGAUGGAGCAGGGAUACCCACCUCCAGCUGUCUAGUUUUCAGAAUUGAGUGUGCAGGCAGGCCCAAGAUCCCUAGAACUGGCUGAGUACAUCAGGAAGCCAGGAAGUUGGUGCCAGCAGGCCCAAGACCUACCAAACCAGUUGAGUGUGGCAGGAAGCUGUGAAGUUCCUUGGCCAGUGCCCAGGCUGAUGUUGAACUGGGUUCUAGUGAUCCUCCUGCCUCAGUUUCCUAAGUAGCCACAUUCUACUACACUUGAGUCCAAGUAAUUCUUUUAGAAAGUUUUUGAGUACAGUAGCCUUCCUGAACCUCUACAUUUUUGAAGUCAAUUGAGUUCACCUUCACAUUUUAAUAGUAAAUUGAUUGUUUCAAUGAGAAAUAUGAUAAAGAUUAAUUCUUCUUAUUCCCGAAUGCUUCUAUUUUGCUUUCCUGAAACUCGUAUGGCUUUGUCUUUGGACUUUGGGUGUGUCUCCUGUGUCUGUCUGAGUACAGGGCACUCUUUAUUCUUCUGGCUAAGCACUUAUGACUGAUUUCUUCAAAUCUUCUUUUCCUGUUUUGCAUUUUGUGGCCUCUACCUUUUCUCUCUUCUCCUUCUGAAAUUUCUAAUCUUGGUGUUGCUGGAUCUGUCCUCCAUGUUUAUUAACUAAUUAACCUUUCUCUAACAAUUUUUAAUUUUUUAACUAUUGAUUCACUGUUUGCUUGAGCUGAUGGCCAACAAAGUUCAUUUUUGGUGAUGGUCCAUUUUGUUGUCCAGCCUAUCUCUCUGGUCAGGGUUUGUUUGUGUGUUCAUAAAUUAUUCAUAAAUUUGAUUUCCUAAAGCUCUCAAUUUUCUUAUAGAUGUCAUUCCCCUGAAAUAUUUUAGGAAAUACUCAUUAUAAUUACUUUAAAACAUUUUAUUUUUAUCAGGUUAAUUCUUCUGAUGACUUGGAUGCUUUUAGUGGUCAUUUUAGUCAAAUGUCUACCACUUUUUACCAUUAUUUGUUCAACUGAAAAUGAAAAAUUUUUUCUAAUUGCCGGAGAUUUUUUUUUUCUGUCUGCAUCCCUGGAGUUUGUGAACAGCUCAUCUUCUGCUUUUGACUUACUAUUUCUUGACAGCAGCCAUGAGUCGUUUUGGACUCUGCCCAGAUGUCAUUGGAGUUGGUAAAGUGAUAUGUGCAUUUGAUGUCAAUCUUCAUAUCUGGCUCUUCAGUUUCAGAAGCUUUGUGUUAUAUUGGGUGUGUGUGUGUAUUUGAAACAGGGUCUCCAUGUAGUUCAAGCUAGACUUGAACUUGCUGUGUAGUUGAACUGGCCUUGAACUCGUAGUGAUCCUCCUGCCUCAGCCUCUUGAGUGCUGAGAUUGCAGGCAGGCACCAUCAUGCAAACAUCCCUGGACAUUUGUAGUGCUCUUCUGGUCAAAUUUCCAUCUUGUUCGUAUUAACCUUCUUUUUGUACCAAAUCUUUCUUUCCCUGGUGCUCCUGGCCCUCCUCCUGGAACCUAUUCCUUUAAUUGCCCUCCCUCUCUUGGUCUUAUAUGGAUCCCUUUCCUAAGCCUACAAAAUGUCUUGAUUUGUUCUAGUCUUAAACAAACAAGAGCUACAGAGAACAGAAAUAAUGGAAUUGUUUUUAAAUGGCCUACAGUGCUUAAGAGAGUUAUGCCAUUCAGCUCAUCCUCAAACACAUUCUAAAGCCCCCCGAAAGAAAUUACAUUUAUAUGUUUUGAAUGCUAUAUUUAAAGCAUAACAUUUAAUGUAGUCAUUGAAUUUGUACUCAAAUGAUAUCAAAUUUUAUGCUAUAGAACUGUAUCAUUUUGUGUUAUAUGCCCAAAUUAUAGAAAACUUGGGCUUCUUGCAUGAACCACAUAUCCUUUUGCUCAAGUUUUAGAAGGAGAAACAUGGAGAUAUAAAAAUUAUGGCACAGACUCUCAGGCUCCCGACCAGGCAUUAACCAGCUGUGUGAGUGUGAGGCCUUGGACUAGUUACUGGCCCAAGAUGAAUUUCAGUUUUGUGGUUGUAAUAGCAGGUUCUGACUCAUGACCUUUAAAGCUCUUCUCUGCUCUAAAAUUCUAUACUUUGGAGAUUUAUCCUUGAGCUUUCACAAUUUUUAAACCAUAUUGCUUCUAAUUACAAUUCUGUUCUUUUGUGAAAAUAUAAUCUUUGUCUUUUUAGGCAGGAUUGGCAGGAGUAUACCAUAAUGAAAACCAAGGGUUCUCUUCCUUAUAUCUUUGAUAGCGUUGUAGAUUCAAAAGGCAAAUAAUUAUCCUUUUCCUCUUUAUUUAGAAUAGCACUGAAUUUAACUCAUUGUUUAACUCAUCAAUGUUUUAAGUAAAAAGCAAUAUUAAUAUUAGAAAAAUAGACUGAUAUCUGAGUUCAGUUUUAAAUUUUUAAAAAUAUCAAAAUGAGACACUUUUCACAGCAAGCCUUUUAUGUAUCAGAUACAAAUACAGACAAGCUCAAGCCAUUUAGAUGCAUGUAUGCACUGUAAAUCCCAUUGCCGCCAAAGUGGGAGCUCCUGGAAAUAGCUUCAAAUAUGGAAAAAGACAUUUAUUUAUUAUGAUAACUCUAGGAGAGAAACUAUAACAGAUAAUGUUAAUUUCCACUUUAAUUUCCAAAUAUACAAGAAAUAUCAGUGGGUGAAGUUUUCCAGGUGAUCCCUACAGGUGAAUGUUGUAAGAGCUACAGCACUCUGUCACGCGUGUGUGUAGGACUCCUGUGUAGACACACAGGGACACACCAAGUGUGCCCUGAGUCUCUCACAUUGCAGAUUUCUGCUCAUAUUCAUGGUCUCAUGGAGCUUUUACAGUACAUACUGCCCCUCACCCCACCCCAGCAGCCUGGCUCUGAAAGUCUAUGGUGUUUCCAGUGUGCAGUGAAGUGUUUAGAACCUAAUUAAUUGCUCUCUGUUGUGUAACUGAAUGAGCCCAUUCCCAUAACUAAGCCAGCAUAGCCUCCAGCAGGGCUUCAGUGUAUCUGUAAAGCUGAGCACAGAGUCAAGGCUUAACUAAUAUUUGCUGAUUAAAUAAAUCAGAUGCCAAAAAACUUUGUUUAAAAUUGGAACAAAUUUGUACUCUAGCUCAGUUCCUCUCAAUAUUUGUAACUCAGCAUUUGAUUUUGGUGUGCACUUAAAGGACAUUUUUACACUGGAAAAGUGUUCAGAACAAUAUUAUACUAAAAAAAAUCAAUACUUUUACAUUCAAAUCUCCCUAACUUUCUCAAAAUAUCCUAAUGUUAUAGUUGCUUGUCUAAAAUGACCUAUUUAAGUCUAUUUUGGUUUCUUUCUUGGCACUGAUUUGUUGAAAGGACCAGAUCUGUUAUCCCCCAAAUGUUUCACAUUCUAUAGUUCUCUGGUUGCUUGCUCCUGGUAUCAUUUAGCUCCUCCCUUUAUGUUCUGUGCUUCUUGUAACCUGAAGGUCACAACUGUUACUAUAAUUCUGGUUUAAUGCUUUUGGUAAUAAUAUUUCAUGGAUAAUAAUAUGAAGCUCAUAUUGUAACACAUGAGAAAUGUACUGCCUUGCUGUUGACUUAUCAUUGUUAAAAUUAGUCCCUGGAUUAAGGUAAUGACAGGUUGAUCUCUCCACUGUACCCAAGAGUAAACUUUGUAAUCUAGCCAAUGGCCAUAGAUUACAUUGAAAUUAUAAAUAUUCUUAUCUACACCCUGGGCCAUUAAAGAUGGCAUUUAACCAGCCAUGUUAGAGCACUGUAAUUUUCAAAGAGUAACAUUUUAAUGCUACGCUAGGACAGAUCUUCUAAUUGUGUCAAAAUUUUCCCUGAUGUAUUUAUUGUUAUGAAUUUUAAUUCAUUUAAUUAUCAUCUGUGGUGACUACCAUUUAUGUUGGCAUGUAUUUCCUUUGUAUUAAACACUGGCAUGGGGACCAGGGUUUUAGCUCAGUUGUAUAAGCACCUGCCUAGCAAGCAUGAGGUUGUGAGUUUGAUCCCAGAUACCAAUAAUAAUAAUAAAAAAAGAUGGCUAAACACUGGCAUGUAUUUCCUCUGUAUUAUGACUAUUUAGUAUUUCAAUAAAAUAAUAGUGAAAACAAAA